AUGUCGAAAUAUGAUUCCAGCAUUGACGAGGUAUUGUACAGGGCCAGACAAAGGUCUCCUGAACGAAACAACGAAUCACCCCUGAAGGUGAGACUUUCAACCACAUCUCUUCCAAGACCAGAUUCACAAGGGUCUGAUAGCAGUGGUUCAUUUGUACGUUCUGCAAGAGGCUCACCGCUUAGAAGAACAGGCUCUCCAGAAAGAAGACAGCGUAUAGCCGAUAUAGAGAACUCUAAGAAAAGGGCUCUAGAAGACUCCCCACAAAAACCCAAGAAACCCCGAGCGGUGAGUUUUAAUAACGAAGUUCAUUUCAACACUAAUGAUACAGGGGAAUUAAAAUCUGAAGAAGACCAAGGACCACUUCGCCGGUCUAUUCUGCCUCCUUUGAAACCUGAACCGCAACACGUUAAGCGAAGUUCGUCGAGCUCAAAUAAAGUGGUCAAACCAAUGAAAGACACUAAAGAUGAAACAAUUGGUCUAUUGGAAAGACUUAAGAAGGUUGAAACUACUCAAGAACAAAUUUUGAGUCGAUUAGACCGCCAAGAUCAGAUACUAGCAAGGGUUGAAGCUUUACAAAGCCAAAUAACCCAAUUACAAAAUAAAAGGAAGACUAAUUAA